GCACAGGUGUGGCUGCUUAAGGGGCUGUGCAAGCUCUGUCAGCUCGCGGCAGAGCUGCUUCGGCCCCGCAGGUGUCCCUUGCACUAACGAACGCGUCCUGGCUCCUCCCGGCUGGGUUCUGCCUGUCCCCGGCAGGCGCCGGCCCCACAAAACGCCGCCAUCAGAGGCACCCAAACCUGCGCUUGCCUUGCGGGCUUCAGGUGCAUACCCGCAGAGGUGUGCCACGUUCGAGCAGCGGGACAGGGCGGAAAACGGGAGUGGGAAGGUCUGAGCAGACCCUGUCCGCGGACAGACGGCAGCUGCGCAGGCAGUGUGGUACGGGAGGCGUUCGUGUUCAGCGCUCUCCAGAAGCAGCUCUCGCACUUGCGGCAUUCGGUUUUUGGCUUUUAUCUAAUUGCUGUUUUUUUUAAUGCCUGAUACAAUUCCUCAUCGUUCUGCCUCUCCAUCUGCGUGUGCCUGCGGACGAGCCGCCGGUAGCCCCGAGCGGCCCGGCCCUGCCUCCGAGCCCCGCGUUGUCAGGGCAGCGGCGGCGGCGUCGCUCGUCCGGCGCCAUGAGCAGGAAGAGGACGCAGCAGCUGGUGGACUCCCUGGGCAGGGCCUCCAAACACUUUUCUAAAGGCGAGGUGGAGUGCCUGGUGAAGCUCUUCGAUGCGCUGGUGGCCGAGUCCAGGAGCCACUUUGCUGCGGUCGGCUUCGACUGUAACAUGUUCCGAGAUGUCCUGUACAGAAUGUUUGGCAUGAUGGAUGAUGUGAUGAUGGACAGAGUGUUCCGCACGUUUGACAGAGACAACAACGGCUGCAUCAGCGCGGAGGAGUGGGUGGGAGGCUUGGCAGUGUUUCUCCGGGGGACGUUGGAAGAAAGGAUUAAAUAUUGCUUUGAAGUUUAUGACCUGAAUGGUGAUGGCUACAUUACAAGAGAUGAAAUGUUCCAAAUGCUGAAGAACAGCCUUCUCAAACACCCAUCAGAAGAUCCUGAUGAGGGAAUUAAGGACUUGGUUGACAUAGCACUGAAGAAAAUGGACUAUGAUCACGAUGGGAAGCUUUCCAUUGUGGACUUUGAAAAAGCAGUCAGAGAUGAAAAUCUUCUCUUGGAAGCCUUUGGACCAUGUUUGCCAGACAUAAAGAGCAGAAUGGCAUUUGAACAGAAAACUUUCCCAGAAACUCGGAAACUCUGAGUGGAGUACUGAAGUGCAAGAGGCUUUUUCUUCACCCUUCUUCAUGGUACAGUAAAACUAGGAAUAGCUGCAAGUUGAAUUUUAGUAUUUCUUUACUAUAGAAAACCACUGAAUAAGUUGAAUUUUACUUCUAUUAUUCUACAGUUCUUCAGAGAGUUAUAAAAUAGUUAUAGGAAGAGGCACACAGGACAGGGUUGUGACAAUCUAGUACACUGGUUUGUUCAUUCCUACAAACAACUGCUACAGAUGGAAAAGGAGUAUAAAACAGUUCUCAUUUUGAGCAUAAAAAUAAAUACUUUCAACUCUAUCCUGUAAAAAAAAUAAAAGGGACUCUUGGGAGAUGCUGCCA